AGAAGUUACAGAAAUGGCAGGAUGAAAGAGCCUGGGCAGGAUCAUAAACGGGCACAAUUGGGCACCAGUCCUUCAUGAACCAGUUCUGGAGACUCUGGCACAGCGUGGAGUGCUCCUCUUUCCCAUAUCUGGUGGAUGUGCUCAGUGAUGGCCGAGAGCUCAGCUGCAGCAGCAGCAGGGAGAGUGGCGCCAACUAUGAUAGAUGAGCUCCUGGAGAUCACGGCUCAAAGUCUGGUGCGCACUGAGGUGUCCGAACACUAUGAGGUUAUUCGUGAGCUGGGCAGGGGCAAGUAUGGCCAUGUGAUGCUAGUGACCCACAGGCAGAGAGGGACUCCUAUGGCUCUCAAACUGCUGCCCAAAGCCAGUACCAAGCUGCACACCUUUCUGUAUGAGUAUUGUGUGGCGCUUUCCCUCGCCACCCACCCUGCCAUCAUUGGCAUGUUUGGAAUUGCCAUCGAGUCCAGCCAGUACUAUGGCUUCCUCUACGAACCAGCACUGCACAAAGACCUCAUAUCUAUCAUCAAACCCCGAGAUGGGAUCCCUGAGCCAGCCGCCAAGCAGUGUGCCAAGCAGCUCGUGAGUGCGCUGGAGUUCAUUCACAGCCGGGGGCUUGUGUACCGUGAUGUCAAGCCUGAGAACGUGCUACUUUUCGAUCCCGAGUGCCGGCGCAUCAAGCUGACUGACUUUGGGCUUACGCGGCCCAAGGGUACCAAGCUGAAGCUGGUGGCUGGGGUAAUCCCCUACACUGCCCCUGAGCUCAGCAACACUGCUGACACUCAGGGGGUGCCCAUCGACACCAGCUUGGAUGCCUGGGCCUUUGGUGUGCUGCUUUUCUGCCUGCUGACUGGCUACUUCCCCUGGGAGCAAAGCCUGCCAGAUGACCCUUUCUUCGAGGACUUCAUGCUGUGGCAGGAAACGGGUCUGGAGGAGGACCUGCCACGCCACUGGAAACGUCUGACAGCUGAGGCUGCCCUGAUGCUGCGGAGCCUGCUGGCCUUAGAUCCUGCCAAGCGUGGCCCUGUCAGUGGAGCGCUGCGCUAUGUUGAUUGCCCUUGGCGGCUGGAGGAUGGACACAGUGAGGAAGCAGAGGUGAAGCCCUAGAGCCUGCUCCCCAAUGGGGGUGGUCAGCGUGCUCCCCAUGGGAGAGGUCUCAGCCUGCCAGAGGCUUCAGGGUCUGGGGCAUUACACUGGCCUGGGUGCGAGAGGUCACGGUGACCCAGAGAUCAACUUCUCCAUCGCACUAUCCCUGCCACCACAGAGCCAUGCUCCUUCCCCAGCUGAUGGUCCUCACCCCAUGGCUCAGUGCUGCCCCAUGCCACACCCUUGUGCUUUCUCAGGCUUUGAAAACUUCUCCUUUCUCUUGGAAAUGACUAUAUGUGAAGCACCCACCUGCUUUCUGACCACAGGGACUCUAGGGUGGUUUUUACAGGCUGCAGCAGCUGCCUUGUCCUCAAAACAGGGGAGAGUAUGUGUGUUUAUGUUUCUGUAUGUGGCUCUUUUAUUCUUAUAAUAAAAUGUCUGUGGGGCCUGCUUGCUGUGGGAGAGCAGGAACACGACAAAGCCUGUGGCCAUCUCAGGACAACCCGUGUAAAGCAGGGGCCACCCCGGAUGCUUCCUGGGCCUCCAUCAGGACCUUUGAAGGGUGGCUUCAGGUGUAUGAGCUGGAGGAGCUGGGCAU